AUGUCCUGCUCCAGCCUGUGCGUCCCCACCUGUGGGGUGGCCACCCCGGCCCCUCUGGCUGACACCUGCAACGAGCCCUGUGUGAGGCAGUGCCCUGACUCCACAGUGGUCAUCCAGCCCCCGCCCUCGGUGGUCACCUUCCCUGGGCCCAUCCUGAGCUCCUUCCCGCAGCAGAGUGCUGUGGGCUCUGCAGGAGCUCCCUACGUCGGAGCCGGCUCCGGUGGCUCCUUUGGAGGCCGUGGAGGCUACGGCGGUUGGGGCUACGGAGGCUACGGAGGCUACGGAGGCUACGGAGGGGGCUAUGGUGGUUAUGGGGGCUGGGGCUAUGGAGGCCGUGGUGGCUAUGGGGGCUGGGGCUAUGGAGGCCGUGGGGGCUAUGGGGGCUGGGGGAAUCUUCGGAUGGGCAUUUCCCAAGGAAUCUUUGUCCCCGUGCUCCUCCAGCCCUCCCAGGGCAGAGUUCGGAUGGUUGGGGCUCUCCCCGUGGACUCAGGUCCCGUGGGAGCCGGCUGA